UUGCAAUUUUUAUAGAUAUAAGUGUUCUAUGUUCACAACACUAAUUAUGCACUUUUAAAACACGUGUCCUUUAAAAAACUUUAUAAACAGCGGUCACAUUAACGAGGUGCUCUAUCCACGCACGUGUGUUGUAUCUUAACUGGGGAUCAAUAAUGCCAAACAUAAAAAUCUUUAGUGGAAGUUCACAUCCUGAGUUAGCUCGUCUCGUCGCUGAUCGUUUAAAUUUAGAGCUUGCUCGUGCCAAACUAAGAAAAUUUGCAAAUAAGGAAACGAGUGUAGAAAUUAAUGAAUCUGUACGUGGAGAGGAUGUUUUUAUUAUUCAAAGUGGAUGUGGAGAAAUUAAUGAUAACUUAAUGGAGUUACUAAUAAUGAUAAAUGCUUGCAAGAUUGCUUCUGCUGCUAGAGUUACAGCAGUAAUACCGUGCUUUCCCUAUGCACGCCAAGACAAAAAAGAUAAAGUAAUGAACUCAGAACUUGUCAGUGAUAUAAGUAGAGCUCCUAUAUCUGCCAAGUUGGUCGCUAAUAUGCUUUCGGUGUCUGGUGCAGAUCAUAUCAUAACUAUGGAUUUGCAUGCAUCUCAAAUACAGGGUUUCUUUGAUAUUCCUGUUGAUAAUCUUUUUGCUGAGCCUGCUGUUUUAAAAUACAUUCGUGAGCAUAUUAAUAACUGGCAACAAUGUGUGGUAGUUUCACCAGAUGCUGGAGGUGCCAAGCGUGUCACUUCCAUUGCUGAUCAAUUAAAUGUGGAAUUUGCUCUUAUUCACAAGGAGAGAAAAGUUGCCAAUAAAGUUUCAAGCAUGGUUCUUGUUGGUGAUGUUUCAAACAAGAUUGCUGUCCUUGUUGAUGAUAUGGCAGAUACAUGUGGUACAAUGAAACUUGCUGUGGAAAAGUUACUUGAUGCAGGUGCAAAACAAGUUCAUUGUGUGUUUACACAUGGUAUUUUUUCUGGUCCAGCUAUAUCUCGGCUAAUGGAAUCGGGUAUGGAAGCUGUGGUCGUCACAAAUACUAUUCCACAAGCUGAUAAAAUAAUCCAGUGUCCAAAAAUAAAAAUCAUUGACAUCUCACCAAUUUUAGCAGAAGCAAUUAGAAGAACUCAUAACGGCGAAUCAGUUUCUUAUUUGUUUAGUCAUGUACCUUUGUAAACUGUAUUCUCGUACGUUUUUUUCCUUUAUUGUUUUGUUUGUUUUUCUGUUUUUAAUAACAUAUUUUUAAUAGAAAGAUCAACAAAAAUUUUUUUUUUUUUUUUUUUUUUUUUUUUUUAAAUACAAAAUUUUUUAAAGAAACUCACGACAAGAUUGAGAUUUUUCUAAUUGUUAAAAAAUUUUCUCGAUUAAUAAAGAGUAAUAAUAAAGAUUUUUCUGUGGUAUAUUUUCUAUAUUAAAGAUUUAUACUUUUUAACUGUUUAAAAGUUCAUAAUUAUGAAUUUAGAUAAUUGCUUGUAAAUAAUAAAGUUAUCCUACACUAUUGAUGUGUUAUAGAUUUUUAACUUGUGGUUGUGUCGUGUUUGUUAUGUUACGUACGGAAUAUGUUGUAUACUGUCGGAUGUUAAACAGCUUUGACGUUGAAA